AUGGCAGAGCUGGGCCUAAGUGAGCAACAUCAAAAUGAAGUUAUUAAUUAUAUGUGUUUUGCUUGUUCAAAAAGAGGUUUGAGACCCAGGACUGUAGAUUCCUGCUUCCAAGACCUCAAGGAGAGCAGGCUGGUGGAGGAGAGCUUCACCACAGAUGACGUCUCUAAAGUCCUGAACAGGUUACAGGGUGUGCACAGCCAGCUGGAGGCUGAGCCCAUCAACACGGCCUGCACCAACCUGUUACUGCGGCAGCUUUUCUCACAAGCUGAGCGCUGGCACCUCAAGCUACAAACACAUUUCUCUGAACUGAAAACAGAAUUAUUAGAACAAGUUGCAGAAUUUGAAACAUCAGGAUUUACAUCUUCAAAUAAAAAGCCCACCAUAGAUAUCAUAAAGCCAGAACUUGCUCCACUUAACGAAGAUGGAACAGCAGAACUCCUACACGAGGAAAUUUUAAGACUCCACGAAGAGAACGAGACAUUGAAGUCAAGGCUGAAGACCACUGAAAUACAGGCUACAAAUGCACUGGAUGAGAAGACAAAACUAGAAAGAGCACUGCAGGAUUUACAGCUGGAUCAAGGAAAUCAAAAGGAUUUUAUAAACGCCCAAGAUUUGAGUGACUUGGAAAACACAGUUGCUGCUUUAAAGAGUGAGUUUCAGAAGACUCUUAACGACAAGACAGAAAACCAGAAGUCCCUGGAGGAGAGUUUGUCAACAUCCGAGCACCACCUACGCAGGGUUCGGCAGCUGAGCAUGGCUGAAAGGGAAUCAGAGAAGAAAUGCCAACAAACAACAGCUUAUGGAAACAUGGAAGAGAUUCUUACCAAGAAGAAGGACCAAAUCAAAGACCGGAGGGAAAGAUCAGCAAAAUACAAACCCAAAGAUUAA